UUUUUUAUAAAACUAACGGUUUAUGAAUUUACGUUGAACGCAAGUUAAACCAAUUAUUCGCGCAGCUUAUGUGUGUUGUUGCCCGUUAUGUGGAUACUGAUUUGAUUAAAGACAGUCUUUUCUUUUAGAUUUUUUUUUUGUUGGUGUGUACAGAGUGAUAGCUAUUAGAAAUAUAUUAUUUUCAACAUAAUUAAGUAUUUGACCAUCUCAAUAUUGUAAUUUUCACUAAAGUAUUGAAAUUCCCCCAUAUUGGUACUUAUUUUUGCUGGUACUUAUUCACAUCAUCAAAACUAUAUAUGACUCUUUUUUGUCAACAAACUAUAUAUAACUCGAGUAUGUACUAAGCCUUUAAUCAAAACUUCAUAUGGUAAAUUUAAUUUAGAGUUGUUCAACUUCUUUUUUUUAAAUGAACAUGAUCAUACAAUCUUAAGUUUAUAUUAUAACCACAAAUAGCCAUUACCUUACAAUUUCACCUUUUUAUUUUGUGCAAGUUACCCAAGUACUAAAUUCUUUGGAUUUAGUACGGCCAACAAAAAUGAAAAAUAUACAAUUGCUAUUAUGAUUAUCAAAGGAAAUUAUGGUCCAGAUACCGGAAAUAAAUAGUGUGUGCGUUAAAGAAAACCUUCUCCUUCCUCUCGGCCAGAAUAUCCACUCCGCCUGCCCAUCUUCACAUCCUACGUGAGGUUAAGCUUCACUGAAUCUAAAAGUAACAUCAUAUAAUAUAUUUACAAACACAUGGUUGGUUGGCCAAUUACAAAAAAAAACAUAUGGUUGGUUACUUCAUAUCUUUUUCGGUUGUAUUAUCUGCUAGAGGGACAAAGGGCGAGACAACUAAAUAUAAUACAUCUUCUAAACACUAUAAAGCAGAUAAAUGCAUUAAAUACAUGGGUACGUCAUUGUAUGAAGAAACUAUUUCGGUAUUCUAACGCAAUUAUUUUAAAAACUUCCCCACUUAAACGCAUGCACAGACAAGUUAAGAGUAUAUGCAUAAAUCAUUCGUGAUUCUCAUAUCAGUUCUGGCGAAACGUCACGAACCAUUCACUGAGUGAAACAGAAUUAAGAAAUAAAUACAAAACAAUGCAAAUCGAAUAGACUGUAAUACAAAAACUGGGAGAGGAAAGUUACAAGCGGAUCGUUCGUCGGCUAUAAAAUAAGACGCAAAUCACUCCAUCUCCUCCCUGAAAUGACUAACCAUUCAAAAAGAGAUCUGAUCACAGAGACAAUGAAUUCAAAUAGCCACAAGCCGUGAUAAGAAAUAUUGCAGAAAAAAUAAAUAUACUUAAAAAGGAGGAAGAUUAACAAAAGUAAAGAGGCAGAAAUUAAUCAGACGUACGACGAGAAUACGGAAAAGAAACCUCUUCGAAUUAGGGAUAUAUUAAAACAAACAAAUGGUUUACAGACAAUUAUGGGUGGAAAGAUGGAUUAGGGAAGAUGUAUGUAUGGAAGAUUCGAAGAAUGAUUGAUUGCGUCUGUGAACUGAACCAAAAAAUAUUUGACAGGAAUUGGACGUUAAGAAAACAGAAAGAGAUAAAAAGUGAGUGAGAGAAACAGAUGAGUUAACUACAAAAAACUGCAAAUCUGUACAGUUUUAUUCUAUUAAUAGGUUUGUGAAAAGAGAUGACUCUUGGAGUUGAUGACGGUUCUGGAGCUUGUCUAAGCGGCGUCUUUGAGGAGCUGCGACUUUAGUGAAUUGAAAACGGUGAUUAAAUCAAUGACGUCAUAGUCUUUAUCUUAACACAAUUUUAUCCAUUACAUUACAUAUCCAGAACAAACGUCACCGUUGGAUUGAAACUUUUUUUCCUAUAAAAAAAGGAUGACAACACAGCUUUUGCUAUGGUGAAUGUAAGGGACGCCUUUGAAGAGGUGUGAUGAAGACGUCGCUUGCUAUCGUGAAUCUAGGGCGUCAUACUUUUGUUCCUAAACAAAAUCGUAACCAUUAGAUUAUAUUCUAAUCACAAAACUCACCGUUAGAUUUUGAUUUUUUUUUCCUAUAAAAAAAUGAUGGCGUCAUGGGUUGGAUAAAAAAGGUUUGCUAUUAUAUAUAGAUAACGAAAUUUAACACAAAGCAAAUGAUAUCUUUUUCAAGGAAAGAUUGUUUUCCUAAAUAUGAUAUCAAAAAGGGAUUUGUUUACUAAUACAAAAUUUGACUUAGUGAAAAGCCUUAAUGACUUCCCGAUUUUACCAAUAAAUCACUCAUCACUGUUUAGUCUUAAAUUUUGUUUCUAUGGUAUUUUCAUGUAAUAUAAGGCAUGGUUGAAAUCAUUUUAUAAAUGUAAAGACUACUCUCUCUCACUUACCCAACUCUAUAUAUAUAGUUUCUCUUUCUUCGGUUUUCUUAUCAUCGAACCUUCCAUUGUUUUCCUCUCUCUCAUUCUCGCUCUUCAAACCAGAACACAAGAUACAGUCACUGUCUCAAAAUUCUAACGAAGAUCAAAACAGAAGCCAUGGUUUCUCUGCUUACAAUGUCGACGAGCGGUGCUAUAACAUAUCCUCAAGCCCAAAGUGAUUUAUGCAUGAGGCCCAUCAAAAGACAGCCGAAAAUUAAAUGCACGGUGCACAUCGACGUAACCGACCAACCCCUAAAACGUUCUUCAUUUACACCCAGAACCACUGCGACGCCGCCGCCGCAGCAUAAUUCCCUCCGACUAAACAUCUUCCAGAAAGCGGCGGCGAGUGCUAUCGACGCGGCUGAGCGCGCGUUGAUCUCCCAUGAGAAAGAUACUCCUCUUUCCAAAACCGCUGAUCCAAGUGUUCAGAUCGCCGGUAAUUAUUUUCCGGUAUCGGAAUGUCCCGUCCGACAGUUUCUCACCGUCGAAGGAACAAUCCCUGACAGCAUUGACGGAGUUUACGUCCGUAACGGCGCAAAUCCAAUGUUCGACCCGAUCGCUGGACACCAUUUAUUCGACGGAGACGGAAUGGUUCACGCCAUUAAAAUAACCAACGGUUCAGCAAGCUACGCAUGCCGGUUUACUAAAACCGAGAGAUUGAUUCAGGAAAAACGAUUGGGUAGACCGGUUUUCCCGAAAGCAAUCGGGGAGCUUCACGGCCACUCGGGAAUCGCACGUCUGAUGCUUUUCUACGCACGUGGGCUUUGCGGUCUGGUCAACAACCAAAACGGCGUCGGUGUAGCGAAUGCCGGUUUGGUUUACUUCAAUAACCGGCUAUUAGCAAUGUCAGAAGACGAUUUACCGUAUCAAUUAAAAAUAACUCAAACCGGGGAUCUAGAAACCGUUGGGCGUUACGAUUUCGACGGUCAGUUAAAAUCCACGAUGAUCGCCCACCCGAAACUCGACCCGGUUACGAAGGAGCUCCACGCGCUAAGCUACGACGUCGUGAGAAAGCCUUACUUGAAGUACUUCAGAUUCUCGCCGGACGGCGUUAAAUCACCGGAAGUAGAGAUCCCGCUCGAGACUCCGACGAUGAUUCACGAUUUCGCUAUAACGGAGAACUUCGUGGUGAUUCCGGAUCAACAAGUCGUGUUCAAGCUAGGGGAGAUGAUGGCCGGAAACUCGCCGGUGGUCUUCGACGGCGGAAAGGUUUCGCGAUUGGGGAUAAUGCCGAAAGACGCGACGGAGGCUUCCGAGAUAAUCUGGGUGGAUUCGCCGGAGACGUUUUGUUUCCACCUCUGGAACGCGUGGGAAUCGCCGGAGACUGAGGAAGUGGUGGUGAUCGGGUCGUGUAUGUCGCCGGCGGAUUCUAUCUUCAACGAGAGAGACGAGAGCUUGAAAAGCGUCUUGACGGAGAUCAGGAUAAACCUCAGGACGCGUGAAUCCACGCGUCGCGCCAUGUUGGUCGACGAGGUGAAUUUAGAGAUCGGUAUGGUUAACCGAAACCGGUUAGGUAGGGAAACCCGGUUCGCGUUUCUGGCUAUCGCUGAUCCUUGGCCGAAAGUCUCCGGUUUCGCUAAGGUUGAUCUUGUCACCGGCGAAAUUGAAAAGUACGUUUACGGCGAUGAGAAGUACGGCGGAGAACCAUUUUUCUUGCCUAGUGGCUCCGUUGACGGUGGAGAUAAUGAAGAUGACGGUUAUAUAUUCUGUCACGUUCACGACGAAGAGAAAGAGACGUCGGAACUUCAGAUUAUUGACGCCGUUGAUUUAAAGCUUGAAGCUACGAUUAAACUACCGUCUAGAGUACCGUACGGUUUUCAUGGUACGUUUGUGGAUGCAAGUGAACUCGUGGACCAAGUAUAAUAUUUAUUGUAAUUUGUAGGUUUUGAUAUCGAUUAUUUCUAAAUAUUUGGCCUCAUCUGGACGGGCAUCGUUUUGACAUAUUUUCGUAACUUUACCAUACAAAUAUACAAUACAACUCAAAAUAAAUAUAUGAAAGAAAAUAAAAAUUUAGAAACCUUAAGCACAAAUUAAAGUGGAAACAAAAAAAAAAACUCAAUAACAAUGUUAA